AUAAUCAGUAGGUUGGCUAACGUUCGUUAUAUUCGUACGUUUAAGUGCAUUUCGGCUAAAUCAGUUUUGCGAAAGACAUAAUUUGCGAAACCGCCUACACGUUUUAUAAAUAAAUUUACUAGUUUAGUGAAUACUGUGCUUGGAUUUUUGUGAAAAUGGCCAACGCACCUGUGAAGAAAGUCCCUAUCCAUUUGCAGAGCUCCCAGAACCGACUCCUCAUAAAGAAUGGUCGCGUUGUCAACGAGGAUGGUAUGGAAGAUGCUGACGUUUACAUCGAAGAUGGCAUUAUUAAGCAAGUGGGACGCAACCUUAUAAUUCCUGGUGGUACCCGCACCAUCGACGCCACCGGCUUGCUAGUGAUGCCCGGUGGUAUCGAUCCUCACACUCACUUCGAACUGGAGAUGAUGGGAGCGAAGACUGCUGACGACUUCUACAAGGGUACUCGCGCUGCCGUCGCUGGUGGAACCACUACUAUUAUUGACUUUGUGCUUCCCGAAAAAGGGCAGUCGUUGGUGGAAGCAUAUAAUCACUGGCGGCAGAAAGCUGAUAACAAGGUGUGCUGUGACUACGCACUCCACGUCGGUGUCACGUGGUGGUCGCCAUCCGUGAAGAAGGAAAUGCAGCAGCUGGUAGCGGAACAUGGUAUCAACUCGUUCAAGAUGUUCAUGGCUUACAAGGACGCUUGGAUGCUGAAUGACUACGAGCUCUGCCAGGUUAUGGAGACUUGUGUCGAGUUGAAGGCUUUGCCUCUAAUUCACGCUGAAAACGGUAGUAUAAUAGCUCGCAAUACCGAGAAGCUGCUGGCUGCUGGAGUGACUGGACCCGAGGGCCAUGCGUUGUCCAGGGACGAGGAAGUUGAGGCUGAAGCUGUCAACAGAGCUUGUGUUAUCGCUAACCAGAUGAACUCUCCUCUCUACAUAGUCCAUGUGAUGUCUAAGAGCGCUGUCCAAGCUCUCCGUCUCGCUAGGACGAGGCAGAAGCAGCCCUUGUUCGGUGAAACCCUGGCUGCUACCAUUGGUACUGACGGCUCCCACUACGGCAACGCGUGCUUCCGCCACGCGGCGGCGCACGUGCUGUCCCCCCCGCUGCGCGCGCGCGACACGCCCGCCGCCAUCGUCGACGCGCUCGCGCAUGACGACUUGCAAAUAAUUGCCAGCGACAACUGCACUUUCCACGAGAAAGACAAGGAGCUUGGGAAAGAUAACUUCAGCAAGAUACCCAAUGGCGUCAAUGGCGUUGAAGAUCGUAUGGCUAUUCUCUGGCAGAAAGCGGUUAACACAGGCGCGAUGGACCCGUGCCGCUUCGUGGCGGUGAGCAGCGCGGCGGCGGCGCGCGCCUUCCACCUGUGGCCGCGCAAGGGCCGCGUGGCCGAGGGCGCCGACGCCGACCUGGCGCUGUGGGACCCGCGCCGCGAGCGCACCGUGUCCGCGCACGCGCACCACCACGCCGUCGACUUCAACAUCUUCGAGGGUACACACGUAAUCGGUAGCCCCCAGUACGUUAUCGUCAAUGGUCGCGUUUGUCUAGACGACGGCGAAUUACGGGUUGUUGAAGGGUUCGGCAAGUUCCUGCCCACGCCGCCCAACGCGCCGGCCGUGUACGGCGCGCGCGACGCGCCGAGCGACGCGCCGCCCGCCGACACGCACUCCCCGCGCGCCUCGCCCGUCUACACCAACGGGACCCCCACCGAACUGAGCAUAUCGAACAAGCAGAUGGAAGGUCUGUCGGUGUCCGGCUGCAGCACUCCCACCGGACGUAAGAUGCGGGAGCCUGGACAGCGAGACUUGCAAAACUCCACCUUCUCUAUCAGCCAGGAACUCGAAGGCUUGGACACGAAAACAUCAGUGCGCGUCCGAAACCCACCGGGCGGGAAAUCAUCCGGCCUCUGGUAAACCGGUACGAACCGGUUACAGCCGGAACAGAAGAUUGCUUUGCAGCGGCGCUAGUUAUGCUUGUUUGUGGAAAAAUAAAAUAUAAAACAUUAAGGUAAUGUAACUGACAGUUGACUGACAGUUAACUAAAAUGACAGUAGACUUUAUUCUUUAAUAAAAAUAUUUACAUAUUGGUACAAAUUUUGAUCCGGUUUGUUAAGGAAAUACAAUCGAUAGAUUUGAUAAUUGUGAAUUAUUCAAUUUUCUACGAUACAAAACUUUUAACUCUUUAUUCAUAAAUAUUUAUAAAACAUUAUCGACCAGACAAAAUAGCCGUAUUUUGUUGAAAAUGUAUUUUGAAUUGGAAUGUAUUAACUAAAAUUUGACCUUUAUCAAAUUCAAUACAAUACAUAAACAAAGUUAUGGAAUUGUUUAUUAUUAACUUUAUGAAUAAGGCUGUUCAAAGGGAAAGUAUUAUUUUUUGACAGAUAUGACUUUUUUAUUUUUUCACAAAUAAAGCGCAUUUUUGUUUGAGCUUGGAGCGUUCAGGAACCAAUCUAUGUUAUCUUUUAUAUGCUAUAAUCACAUAAUUUAACAUAAGAUCAGUUGAUUUAUAUCGAGAUAUAUAUCAUUUUCCUUAUUAACUACAACUACAAUUUUUAAUUAAAAAAAUUGUUUUUUUUUUUUCAUUAUAAUAUUUUAUUGUAUUUUUUUUAAUACAUACAAAUAAAAAUAUUUUAUUUAAAUGUCAGUUGAUAUAAUACAAUUUGUGAUUUAUGGUAAAUGAGUGCAGAAUGCAGUAACAAAAAUCGUAUCACAAAUGUACACAAAAAGUUAUCUAAACUCCGUAAUAGGACUUACAUUACAUUACAACAUCAUAACAAGGAGUUUUUGUCCCCUAAAGACACUCCCCACUAAUAAUAUAGUGCUAUACUCCUACACUCCCCACUAAUAACAUAGUACUUGUAUAAUAUACUUUACUUUCAAGUGAUUAAAAUGAAUGUUUUCCACUGGACAGCGUGGGGUACGACCUUACUGGGCCCUUAGCCCAGUUGUGGGACAUUUACGGGAUAUUAUUACUACAUAUAUAAUUUAGACUUAUAAUUAAUGUUAAAUCAAAGCAUUUCUAUUGGACGAAAUUUGUCUAAUUUCAUGAUUUAAUGGCAUUUUUUUUACAUUUGUUAUGGGAAAUUAUGUAACUAUAGCCUCGUAUAUUAGAAUGCUUACUUUAUGCAUGUAGCUCUAGGAAAUUUAAAUGGCGUUUAUUUAUUCAGUUCUCUAAUCUAUAGACUGAUUCCGUAGACAAAAUUAGAUUUAGAUGAACAUUUUUACAUCACGGUAAAAAAAAUAUUUUUAUGUUAUUAGCGAUUUAAGAUGUUUAACAAUAUUUUGUAUUGGAAUUAUAAUUGACCAAAUAGUGAUUGUGGGGUUUUAUAAAGUUUAAAUAAAUUAUGACAAUUGUGACAAAGUUAACUUAGAAGUUGUUUUAGUGUUACAGGUGAGCCUCACACGGGCUCGGCUGUAUCAUAAAUGUAAAAUGAGUAAAUUAUUUAAGACUCACAAGCUCGAUGGUAUUUCCACCUCUUAGCCAUAUCAAGUCACAGGUUCAAUCCUGACACUAUAUUUUACUAAUAUCGUACUCAUAUCUAACAACUUUAAGCUUCAUUAGAAGAGAAAAAAAUGUUUUUAUUUGAAAAUGUGAACAACUAGGUUGUAUUUUUCAAUUCAGUGAACUUAAAAUAAUUUAAUAUUGUUAACACCAUUCAAUAUUACAAGUCAAUUUACUUUUAAUUGUCACUAUUUGCUUCCUCUCAGUAACAGAUUCCUUUAUUUUUAAGAUGUUUAAUUUUACUUGUUAUAUUGUCACUGCGUUAAAACAUUUAUUUAAACUUUAUAAAUCACUGUAGCCGAGUAGAAAAAAAAAACAAUUUUGUAAUUUUCUAGCCAAAGCAUACGAUAAAAAUAAAAUUUUAAACUCGUGUAGUGUCAAACUGUAUUGGUCUAAUAUUUUACUGUUAGUUAAGAUUAUUGAUGAGAAAUAAUAUAGUUAGUAGCUUCAGAUAUGAUUGUGUUCUUCGUUUGAAUGAUAUAUUAUAUGCUAUUAUAUGUUAUGUUAUUUUUGAAUCAGAUGUCACAAUUAUUUUUAACUUUACAAGUUAGCCCUUUCUGUAGAAACUUAUUGUACUUAUAAUAAUGUUAUUAUAUAACCUAUUUGUGUGUUCCAGUUGAAAAUGUUAUUUGACGCUAUAAGUAUAAAUUAUUUUAAGAUUAUUAGAAUUAUUAGCACUUAAAAUUAUUUCUCUACUCUCUAACGACAUUCUCUGUACAAGUGACGCCAUCUCUGAUCAUUAAUUGUAAUUAAUAUUUUUAAAAUACUUCCUACAAACUUUGUGUAACCAAAGAUCUUAUAUCUUGUAUUAGACUCUACACUAUAACUUUGAAACGUUAUUUGUCUUUGUAAUCGGCAUCAUAUUUUAUAGUGUUUUAUAAUUUUUGUACGUCUGUCCUUUACUCUGCAUUGUCACAAAUAAACAAUGUAAUCUCACA